AUGAGCAAAAGCAUUUCAUCUGCAGGUGCUGCUGCUGCCAGUGGUAGUAGUGGCCUGGGUGGAAUUCCUACAAACUCGGUGGCAUCACCACAAUCAACAACAACAGCAGUGGCAACAACAACAUCAACGACCACAAUUACCUCAGAUCCGGGCAUUUUAUGCUUCCAUCAUUGCAAUGUGAAAGUUUUCUGUUUUACAUUGCCACACAUUUGUCCACAAUGUAAAACGGCAUUGGACACACAUCCCUACGGUGGUGGUGGUCUUACAAACAAACGACCCAAGUCCAAGAAAAGAACUCCAGCUACAAAUAAUGUCCAAAUGGCAGCCACUAAAGGACACUAUGCCCACAGUCAUGGUGAUGUUAAUAAUGACAAUAAUCGUGAUAAUGAUGAUGAUCAAUGGCAUAAUGGCAAUGACCAACAACAUCAGGCCACAAUGGAUCAGGACUCAGAUGACGAUGGCGACGACGACGAUGAGAAUUCAAAUGAUUCAGUUUGUCACAUCAUGGACAGUCGCCUCUUGCCAUUCCGUUUACCUUAUCCAUUUGUGCGGGCCAAUCAAUAUCCUUGUGCUAUAGUUUUACGUCCCACCACAGGUGAUUUUCUCAAUGAUUAUAAUAAUACCACGGAUUUGCAUAUUGCUGUGACAACAUCGACCGGUUGUGUCGUGGAAUUUGAUCGGCAUGGCUUACGACGUCAUCGUACAGCCAAUAUGUCAGAUUGGUGGCAAUGUCUAUUGGUGGGUGAUGUUCCAGAGCCCUGGUACGAUUAUUGGGAUCAGGUUUUAUUUGAGGUAUGCCAGCAGCCGGACAAGUGGACUGUGUCACAUUAUCACGAGGAUAAGCACAAUUGCUACACUUUUGUAUUGACCUUCCUGCAAGCACUGGCGUAUGAGAAAUUAAGCGAGGCGGCCAGCAGUAAAACGACAUUCUGUGAAAAGUGUAUAGUUCCUAGGACGACAACAGCUGGCAAGUAUAUUUCAUUGUACCGGAAGUUGCGUGAUACCGGUAUUUAUGUGCAUCACACCAAUCACAAUAAGCUGCGUUAUGGUGGUGCCAGUAGUGGUAGCAGCCGUAGUAAAAUGGGAAAGCAACAUCAACAACACUACCAGCAACAAGAGCAUAAAUUUAACAAUCCAGGAAUUACAACAAGCAACCAAACAAUGACAGCAACAAAGAGUUCCAUGCUUUCUUCAUCGAAAUACCAAAUGCAACAACAGCAGCAGCAACAACACCAUCAACAACAUCCGAAUCAGAAUCAAAAUCAACAACAGCAGCAGCAACAGCAACAACAGCACCAUCAUCACAACAGUAUUAUAUCACGCCAGCAUUCUAAACUCUGUACAAUUGAGGAAUAA